CUUUGUCUACCGCCCAAUAGGGCGGCUCCUAGUAACGGGAAAUCUGUUGAGUGGGCAACUGCACUCACAAGAGUGCGGACGAUUAGCUCGAGAGAGGUCGAAUUCGUAUAUCUCACAAACAUCGUACCAGUCAGGGCCAAGCGUGCGAGGCAGUAUGGAUCUACAGGGGUGAAACCAGCUUUAAUGAUUCCUAAUCAACAAGACAGGGUCUCCUGGCUUUCUCUCGAGGCUGACAAGCUUGUUAACGAGGUUAGGACGGUUCGUGAGGAGCUCUUCGCCACACAAAAACAGUGCACAGCUGCAGAAAGCCAAUACGAGGAGCUUCAGAAGAAACAUCGCGUGGUGGAGAACGAUUUAAAGGAAAUGACUACCAAGGCUGAAGACUUGGAUAGAACUGUGACGGAAGCGGCAUUCCUUUGUAUAUCACAAGGCGAGGAGCUCGAUGAGUUGAAGCAGAGAUGUGCAGGCCUCGAAGAGAAGACUGGGAGAUGUAGCUGUAGGAUUGCAGGGCUAGACGUGGUAAACGAAGGUGCGGGUGUGAAUGCUCCCUUGUGUUCCCCUGUCACCGAAGAUGGUGUGUUCAACACUACUCGCCCCAAAACUCUAGGCCUACAAGAUGUCAUGGAGUGGUCGAUGUCGGCUUCACCCGCCUACCUUGACAUCUCCUCCAUUCUGUCUGACAUUGCAGAUGAGGGUUCCGCCGCGGUGACGUGCUCACUGGCCCUCGAGUCACAGUUCGCUUUCCAGAUCGCAGUGGAUUCUCCGCUCGGUCGAUUACGAUCCGGCACUACCCCCGCUGACUGUCGUGGCGCUACGUGGGCACCCUCCGGGCGCAGGAUUGUCCAGCAUUCACGUGCACCGUUCCCUAUCCCUGCGCUGAGACCUGCAUGGCCGAUAGAGUACCGCGACCCUAGGAGUGAAGAGUAUGGCAAAGCGAGGGUGACAAAGAGGCGAAGAACAGUGCAAGUGGCAGGACAGCCUGAGGGAAAGGAAGAAGAUGAUGUGGGAGAGAAGGUUUCUUGGGUUCACCGGACCAGAGCAAGGCGGGCAAGAAGCGUUAGACGAUUGUGAGAGUGUAAACCUAUCAUUUCUCCUUCUACGCUUUUACGACUAUUUUACGAUUACAACGACUAUGGUGCACUUUCCCCACCUCCCCAAUGAUUUUGUAUCUUAUUUUUUUUUUCAUGGCCUGCAUUGUUGUUACGAAUUACGAUUGAUUAAGGCUGCCUUUUUCCAUUGAUUUGCAUAACCUUGUAUUUUGAUUCCAUUUUCGGUCAACAAGACUCUGUAUAUCAUUGCAUUACAAUUUU